AUGGCUGUCAAUAAUUCGUACUAUAAUAUGCUUCAUUUGCCCGCGUUCAUUCCUUGUGACCCUGCCCUGUGGUUCUCAUUGAUAGAGGCAAUAUUCAGCACUGCCGGCGUUGUCGACGACAGUAAUAAAUACCACCAUGUGGUAUGUUCGUUGCCACCACACGAAGCCAUAGAAAUGCGAGACAUACUGCUCAACCCGUCAGAAGAUAAUAAGUACGUCACGCUUAAAACUGCAAUCAUUAAGAGGUUACUAUCACAAGAGGCGAUGGGUGACCGCAAGCCCUCUCAGUUUUUACUGCAUCUCAAAAUUCUUGCUGGCUCUGCGGUGCCAGAUGCAGAGCUUCGUACGCUGUGGAUAGAGCGGUUGCCGCGACCCAUGCAGAUGAUCCUAGCUCUAGCUACGCAACCAGAGCAGACCCUGGAAAAGGUAGCCUAUGUUGCGGAUGUAAUAGCCGACAACACGGUUCAGACGGCUACUAUCGCGACAACGGAAGAUCCAGUUAAAGUCUUACAACGUGAAAUUGCCGCCUUAGAGCAACAAUUGAAAGCUUUGUCCAUCAACAUAAGUGCGCGACGCAGGGGCAGGUCACGCUCGCGUUCGAGACAAAGAUCUCGACCUCGCUCCAGGGAUAACUCGGCAACACGUAUGUGUUGGUACCAUGGCAAAUAUGGCAGUAAGGCUCAUAAAUGUCUACCACCCUGCACAUAUUAA